AUGUCAAAGCCUCCCGUGUCCCAUGAUGUGCAAGGUGAGUACAAUUUGAUAUCAGAAUUUGUAUGAGGCGUAAAUAAUGGGGUUAAGUGAGCAAGAAAUUGGGAAAGCUUUCGGAAGCGGGCUAGAUCAAUGGGAAUAACGCCAUUUUUAGCCUGUGGAAUGUCUGAAAAACUGUUUUCUUCCUUAUUCUGAUCAAAGAAAAAAUUUAUUUUCAAGUUUUUAUCAGUCUGUCAGGAAAAUAAUGAGCACAAUGUCGCAUCGAAAAUCCCAUCGCCGCCGAGAAAAAAAUAGUGUCGCGAUAAAAUCAAAUUGUUUUUUUUCACUUGAGCGGCGCAAUCGGCGUAGCGACAUUGUGCUCAUUAUUUUCCCGACAGACAUAUAAAUAGUCAUAGCCAUAGCCGGACUUAAACCUAGGACCUUUAAAUUUCUAGUCUACACUUCUACCGGCUGCGCUAUAAGAACUUCUUUGAAAGAAGUUCUGAUAUGCCAUUACUCUGGAAAAAUUUGAUUUUUUCUCAAAGUUACAGUAACCCAAUCGUCUUUUUGUCAACUAAUAAAACGUUCAGAAUCCUCAGAGCAAUAUCUCAGCCAAAUUUUUUGUUCUCUAUCUUCCGCUCAACGUCUCAUACAGCAUUUGUUUGCGCUAAACCGUUAAGUCAGAGGUUCGUAAAACUUGCCGAAUGUUUCUGACUGUUUCUUUGCUCAAGCUUAACGCCGCAAAAACUGAAGGUAUUAACCGGGGAAUCCGCCUUAUCUCUUCUUUAACACAGCCCUAUUGUGUCCAGAAAUAGCUGCGUUUUAUCAGUCCAUGUAAUACCAAAAUAAUAUAAUCGUUGAGGCCUGGAAAUUCCAAUUCCAACAUCUCCGAAUACCGGAGAUAUUUGCGCCACGUGAAUUGCACCGAAGCAAGCAAUUUAUGAAUCAGCGAAUUUAAUUUUGGAAGUGUGAUUUCAUCGGGGCCCGAAAAAUCCGCGGAAUUCGCGAAAUUUCAUCACGGGUAAUCCGGCGAAGCGUGACAGGAAUGCGAGCGGAAACACUUGGCCGCCUGUUGACAACAACAUAGCACAACAUAACAGCACUGCAAGCGGAGAGUAUUAUUUUGGAAUUAGGGGGUUCCGGCAGUUUCCGCACAUCUGACUCCUAAGACGCUUAUUUCCCCGUAUUCCGAGUGAUAUCAUCACUCGUCGCGGUAAGAGCGAUAAUUUUUGGGCACACGCAGGAUUGCGUGUCCUCAUUACCGCUAUGAAGAGGGUUGCUGCGGGCCCGGCACACCGAAAAUACGGCAGAUUCGAACAUUGUAAUUGAGACGGCAUUUCGUGAAGGGUUUAUUUGGAGAUUGGGGAAGUCAAUGUGAAUAAAAAAAGAAGUUUUUUAUCAUAAUGCUACAGUAGGAAGCAUGACAUAGUGUGAUUUUUUUGAGCUGACGUUUAGUUUACAUAUUGGACGAAAUGUCACAAAUUUUUUGGGGAAAAUUUGUUGCAACAGUGAUGUUUUUGACUCAGAAAAUUGAUUUACAACUCAUGAAAAUAUUUUUUUUCAAUUUGUUAGAGCUUCGGAAAUUUUGACGAAAUGUCACAAAUUUUAUUGGAAAAAAUUUGUUGCAACAGUGGUCUUUUUUAAUCAAAAAAAUGGUUUGAAACUCAAUAGAUUUUUUUCUUUUGAAUUUGGUGGCGUUUUGACAUUGUUGACGAAAUGUCACAAGCUUUAUUGGAAAACUUUUUUGAGCCCUAUAUCAUCCGGAAAUAGAUAGAGUUUACCUGAGAAAAGCCAUACUGUAUUACACAGUAUUUCUCGUCCUUUUAUCGAUGAAGAGAACACUUCAAAAUACCACAAAAUAACCUUGAAUUUGACGUUUUGUUAUUUUCCCGACUUCCCGAAACCCCAUCCCCUCUCAAUGUCAUCCUACAGGUCUAUUGUUUUGUUUUUCGGUGUCGUGUACAAUAUUCAAUUUCAUAUUCGAACCUUUUCUUCCUUUCCCCAAAUUUGUUUGAGUCAAUCUCGAGUGGGCGUGGCCUUUCCCCGGGGACUUUUUUCUAUAAAAAUAAAUUUUUUUUUAUUCUGUCCAUUCCCCUUGAUGCUGUCAUGUAUUAUAUUAACAUCAACAACAAUGUUUCCGUUCAUUCCAUUGUUUUGGUUCCGCCGGGACAUCUUUUGAUGUUUUUCGAGGGAUUCUCAAUUGAAUGACGGUGUUUUGGCCCUCUGAAAAUACUUGUUUUGGCUGUAUUCUUCCUUCCCGGUUAUCAGUGCGGUGAUUUCCGGCAAUGACGUUUCCCGAUUUAGUUUGUAAACCCAUUAGUCGCAAGAUUUCUCAGGUUUUCACUUCAUUUCCGAGAUUUUUCGCCAGAUUACGUCCGCGCGUUUGCGUCGCUUUAUCUGCAAGUUACCACGCAUAGCUUGCGAACCAGUUAUGUCAAAUUUUAGCCCAGCUCUAAGCCGCGUACAUUUGCCGUGUUCGGAAUUCCGAAUCUCUCCGCUAGAACGUCACUUCCCCAACUCCCCAGAAAAACGUUGAGGAAUUAGCCGCACAAAUCCCGAAAUCUCUUCCGCGCCAAACCUAAUCCCCCAAUAGGAAUGAUUACAAGCCAUCCAUCCUCUCCUCCUCGACAGUGGCGGAGGAUUUGCAAUUACGUGUCCCAUUCUAAACAGCGCAGAGAGGAGGCUGCUGCCGCCGACGUUUAUGCGAAUAAACAGGCCCCGAGGGACAUGGGAGAAAGUGAUGUCGUUUUUAUUACACUGACAAGUGUAGAGAGAAGGGGAAGCGGAGUCGGGAUGGGGGCACGUGUGGCGUUAGUUUGUACCUGCACAACAGCAAUUGCGUCGCGGUUAAUUGACGGGGUAUAGAGAUGUUGUGUUGGGGUUUUGAUCUAUGAAUUUGCUAUUUUUGAUUAUUGUAUUUAGUCGUUUGAGACUUUACUUUGCGGAAAAAUACAUCGGAAUUUAGUUACUUUGGCUUUUUUCAAUACAGUUUCCCCCAUAUCUACAAAAAACAAAAUUUUUUUGCCAUUAUUUUUACAUUCUUCACAGUUUUAAGCGAAAUUAUUAUGACAUCACUCCGGAUGUUGACUCGCUCUUUCUUUCCACGGUUUGCUCUAUUCUUGGAAAGAGCGGACAUAGGUCGGCAGCACCUCAAAUAUCCCAAAAUAUAUAUUUUUUUCUCAAGAUUUCCAAAAUUUUUAGCUUAUUCCUUUAUAUUCUCUCUAAAAAUCGCAUUUUGCCCUCAAUUCCAGCGACUAUCUAAACCCCCAUCGCCCUGCUUAUUCCCUGCCCAAUUAACACCUCACACAUUAGGUCACCACCUCUCCGGUGCACUGAAAGCCAUAAAUUUGCGGGGAGUUUCCGAGUGUCGCGCGAGACUCACAAACCGCCUCAAACUGGGCGAUUAUCUUAAUCUUCCGCGGCGGCGGGGGUCGGCGCAUUUCGCAGAUUAUGAUAAGCAUCCACUAUAUAAUGAUGCAGUAGUUAGGAUGCAGGCAGUGCGCCUCUGGCGCACUUAUGUUUCUGGGUAGUUCAAGCUGUUCUUAUUUUUGAUGACUUUUGGAACGUAUGGUUCACAAGUUGGAGGUGAUAUGGGAAAAGUGGGGUCGUAGGGUGGGAUUUGAUGAAUGUCUAACUCUUAUGGGCUUGUUAUGGGAUGUUAGAGGCUCUAAAAAAUGACUCAUAUUAUUAUUAUACAUGUCAUUCGAGCUUGUUAUUUUUAUAAUUUUUGCCAAAAACAAGCGGUAAUUCUGAAAAAAAACAUAUUUUUUUUGUCUAUUAUUACCAAAUUCAAGUCUAUUAUUUUUAUAAAAUUUUUACACCACUAUUUUCAUUUUUUUCUUAAUUCUUCAAAAGAUUUCCAACCAAAAUUCGACCCAGAUCGCCCGGCAAUCUCAACUCACAAGUGUUUGAUAAGAUCUUGAGAACUUUUUAAAAACUUAAUGAGUCCGCAAAAUCUUUAUCCUUAGCCCCAAACCCAAUCCCUUCACAGAAUCCAGCCCAAAAAGGAUUUCGGAUAAAGAUUCCUCAAAAUCUGGGUGGUUCAAGUGUGAUUGAAAUCAAAAUCUCAAGAUCUGUUUUUGUGGGCGGAAAUCUUUUCCUCAACAUUUUACCGGGUACCCCAGCUUUAUAAACAAUGGAAUUCCUAGGAUUCCUGUCGUUAACUUUGACGUUAAAUCUUCAAUCUUAACCAGUCUACUAAACUACAAGCCUAAUUUUGAAUGCUUUCAGCUUCCUCAUCAACAAUGAAGCGGGUACUAAAUUCGACGGCCUCAACGGCCUCGCUCAGCUCUUUGAACUCCUCCAAUCUGAAUGUCACAUUGCCCGGCGAGCAUGUGCUUCUCUCGGACGGGUCGGUGGAGUCCUCGUCCUCGCCCACAUCAACACAUUCGCCGCACAUUCGGCUACAGAUCGACGACGAGCAGGAAUCAAGGAAAAAGCCGUCGUUAAAAGAGACCAAAUCAAGAUGGACAACAAUUGAUGCCACAAAUCAAAGACUCCGGUAAGCGGCCUUUGAAUUUUGCACUGUUUAUUGUCAUCUUGCUAUGUGUUUUUGGAAAUAGCACAAACUUGCCUCAGGCACUUAAAAUUAAGAGUUUCUCCCCAAGAAAAAAAACGCACGAACUUUCUGGACAUCCCAACAUUUUUCGAUUUUCUUACUAAAAAUCAACUUUUUUCAGUGCCUGGUUGGACGUUGCCGGUGGCUCUUGGUCAUUCAGCCGCUCCGCCUCCACAGAUCGGCCGCUCGAGCCCCGAGCGGCCCAAACCCCGCAGCAGCCGCUCUACGACGUCUUCCUGGGCGGCUCGUGCGGCAACACCGUCUGGCGACGCGAGAUUGUGAUCCCGUACCUGAAAAAGCGCGCCAUCACCUACUACGACCCGCAGCGGCCGGUGUGGAACGAGAACAUGAUCCAUGAGGAGCAGAUUGCCAAGGAGAACUCGCGAUUAUUUCUGUUCGUGCUCGAUCCGGGCACAAUCAACGCCACCUCGUUCAUUGAGAUCGCGUAUUUCGCGGCGCGCAAGGCUCCCAAAUUGGUGGUUGUGUUUUUGGGACGAAGAGAGUGGAGUGACAAAGCGCAUCCCAUGGAUCUGCCGGACCGGAUCCGGACCGUGAACUUGGUGGAGGCAAUAUUGAAAAGGCACAGUGUCCCAAUGCUGACGUCGAUUACGGUAAGAACAUGGGAUUUUCGGGUUGAAAAAUGGAAAGGGAUGGGUAAAAUACGUAUUUUCAAUCACUCUUCUCUUAAAUUGAGCUAGAGCUGAGCAAUUUUUUGAUAGAAAAAUUACAGUUUUUGCAAGUUUUAUCCUGUUCUCGCCAUCUCUCAAGUUCCCCUCUAAAACGGCUAAAUUUUUAUCAAAAUCUAGGCGCUAGAAUCUCCAUAAAUCCUUCAAAAUGAACCACCGCCGAUCCGAUUUUAUCUGGCGCCGAUUUUCAGGAUGCCCUCAACUACGUGGACGAGAUGAUAAUCGGCGAGAAGUCGUGGCGGAAUGCCCUCUCCAACCCGCUGCAACGUCUGCCCUACAUCCAAGUCAAAGCCAAGCAUGCCAUCCAGCAGACGGCCAGCCAGUUGCGGCAAACCGUCGAGUCGGUCCAGUCGUCGGCCACCAUCUGGACGCGGAGGAUUGCGCUGGUCGCGGUCCUCGAAGUCGUCCUGAUCCUCGCGGCCCAUCUUUUCGUUUUUCCGCAAAUUCCGCUCUGGUUCAUGAUCGUUCCGAUGGUCGCGUUCGACUAUUUGGGACUGGCUGGACUGGUCCUCUACUUGAAACUCAAAGUAAGCGGAAAUUUUGGUUGUUACGCAAGUUUUUUGAAAUUUAAAAGUUUCGCAUUUUUUUGCUAAAAACCCAGUAAUUCUAAAUUCGGGAGUCGUAAAAACAUUUUGUUAUGAGUUUUCCCCUCCAAAUUCCCACAAAAUAAUUUUUGUUUUUUCUCCUGGUGACGUCUCAGCCUUCGUCAUUUCAUAUUCACUUUUAAUCAAGGUUAUUGAAAGAAACGGCCGAAAAACGCUCCCCCUUUCACCAAAAUUUAUAAAUAUUUCACCGAGUUUGAAAACACAAAACCUCGUCAUGAUACGUUCACGUCGAUCCUUUUGCAGAUGAAUCGAAAGCGCGCCCAAUACAAGCGGAAGUUGGUCAUCAAUCCGCCCAGCCUGCCGAGGACGGCGCCUUCGUCCAUCACGGCUGUCUCAUCGGAUUUGUCUUCGUCCUCCUCACAAUCCAUCGAUGUGGGACCAAUUCAGGGGGAAAUGAUGAGUUGUAAGUGGUUUUCUGGCGAUUUCACAGAUAAAAAAUAUUUUUUUUUCUUUAAAAAUGUUGUAUCAAUUUUGCCCCAGAUUAACUCACAAUUUGCCUUUCAGUAAAAACCGUCCAGCCCAACCAACCCAGACAGUCCGAUGUUUCGUUCUACAACUCCAUGGACAUGGUGGAUCAAGAGGUCCGGCAGCAUUAUCAAGUUGAGAAGCCAAAGAAAUUGAAGGUUGAUAGGAAAGAACGCAUGAAAAAGAAUGGAUGUAUGACGUCACCAGUUGGCUAUGAUGUCUUUUUGAGUUGUUCAUCAGGCUCGGAAUUGGACUGGAUCACCCAAAAAGCCGUGCCACAGCUUCAGUAAGUUUUGACAUUUCGUUAUCGAUUGUUUGACGAAGUGUCACAAAUUCUUAUUUCAUUCAGAAAAAGCAUGAAAAUAGUUUUAACAUACGCAAGGCAUCUUGGAUUCCUAAAUUCUAAAUUUUUCUUAAGUUUUUUCAUUGAAUAUAAGCUAAAAAUUAAACUUUUCUCUCAAAAAUCCCCAAAAUUUGUCUAAUUUCUCUCUUUUUUCAGCAAAUCUUCACUCUCCUACACCUCAGCAAUCAUGUGCGACAAAGAGAUGAGGAUUCCACUUCUUCACACCGCCUCCCACAUCUUGUAUUACAUCCCAUCAUAUCGGACUUUCCUCUCCGGUAUGAUUGAGAUCGCCUAUUUCAUCGGGCACUCGGAUUGGCAAGUUACCGUGUGUGUCCCAACUGAAGCCGAAUGUCUCGUUCUGCUGAACGAGAACGACUACGAUGAUGAGACCAGAAAAGCGGUGGAACGUCGAAAUGAGUGUUAUCAGAUGGCGUUCAGAUAUCUGAAGGAUAUGGCUCAUCGACGGGAAUGCCGGGUGUUUACCAAGUAAGUAAUCAAUUUUUAGCGCUUUCAAAACCUUUAAAAUUACUUCCAAAGUUUAAAAUAAAUUUUACAGAUUUUUGGAGGUCUCUAAAGUUUGUUGACAAAAUGUCACAAACUUUAUUGGAUUUUUUUCCUUUUGACAUUUAGCCUUAAAAACUGAAAUAAUAGAAGUACUUUGCUUCUUAACGGCAUUACUAUGCCUUUUAAAGGAUUACGUUAUCUAUUCUAGUGACAAAUUUGCUCUAAAUUUACAUCUUCGAGCGGGUAUUAAAGUGGGAUUAGUCAAGGAUUUCGGAUGUUUAACGACGGAUGAAAAUGUUGUUUCAGUGAAUUCUUUAUGACGAAACUGCAAAGUUAUUAGAAAGUCCUUUUUCGAAACAAAAAAGAUGAAAUUGGCAGUUUUGACGAAAUGUCACAAAAUUUAUUGGAAAAUUUAAUUUUCUCCGAAACUUUAUGAGAUUGAAUGUUUUGACUAAUUUCACCAUUUCCAGUGUGGAAGAAGCUGUCAAACACAUCGCAGCGGUCUCUCAGCUCGAACGUCGACAACAACAACAACAAUCGGAGCCGACCAAAAAACGUGCCGUUCUCCGAAACUUGAUGGAAAAACAACACUUGGUGAAGGAGAAAACCCAAGCCAAUCUGCUCGCCCACCGUUCAGCAGUGAUUGCGGCAGCUACAGCGGCCGCAAAUGCAUCGCCAAAGAAGAAAACAUAG